CUGGAGUGGGGGAAUGGGAGAAUGAGAGUUUGGAAGAAUGAAGGUAUGAGAGUUUGGAAGAAUGAAGGUAUGAGAGUUUGGGAGAAUGAAGGUAUGAGAGGUUGGGAGAAUGAAGGUAUGAGAGUUUGGAAGAAUGGAGGUAUGAGAGUUUGGGAGAAUGGAGGUAUGAGAGUUUGGGAGAAUGAAGGUAUGAGAGUUUGGAAGAAUGAAGGUAUAGGAGAUUGAGACAAUAAACAGUGAAAGAUU